AUGGCAACCCAUGUGCAGCUAAACACCUCUGCCAAGAUGCCCGUCGUGGGGCUGGGCACCUGGAAGUCUGCAGCUGGGCAGGUAAAAGCUGCAGUGACGGCUGCCAUCGAUGCCGGGUACCGGCACUUUGACUGUGCCUACGCCUACCUGAAUGAGAGUGAGAUUGGGGAAGGGAUCCAGCAGAAAAUCAAGGAAGGUGUUGUGAAGAGAGAAGAUCUCUUCGUUGUCAGCAAGCUCUGGUGCACCUUUCAUGAGAAGCAUCUGGUGAAGGGAGCCUGCCAGAAGAGUCUUGCCAAGCUCAAGUUGGAUUACCUGGAUCUCUACCUCAUCCACUGGCCCUUUGGCUACAAGGCUGGAGAGGAAUUGUUUCCCAAAGAUGACAAAGGCAUGGCCAUACCCAGCAACAGUGAUCUUCUACAGACGUGGGAGGCCAUGGAGGAGCUGAUGGACUGUGGAUUGGUAAAAGCCAUUGGAUUCUCCAACUUCAACCAUGAGCAGAUUGAAAGAAUCUUGAACAAGCCAGGACUGAAGCACAAGCCUGCAAAUGUCCAGAUUGAAUCUCAUCCAUACCUCACCCAGGAGAAGCUGAUCAAGUACUGUCAGUCCAAAGGGCUGGCUGUGACUGCAUACUGUCCCCUUGGCUCUCCUGACAGACCAUGGGCUAAGCCUGGGGAUCCUUCCCUUCUGGAUGACCCCAAGAUCAAAGAGAUUGCAGCCAAGCACAACAAAACCCCAGCACAGGUUCUCCUCCGCUUCCAGAUCCAGAGAAAUGUGAUUGUGAUUCCCAAAUCUGUCACCCCACAGCGCAUUGUGGAGAACUUCCAGGUGUUUGACUUUGAACUGACUAAAGAGGAGAUGGCAACUAUUCUGUCCUUCAACAGAAACUGGAGGAUCUGUGAAAUGAACGUGUCCAAAAAUCUCAAGGAAUACCCUUUCCAUGCAGAAUACUGA